CUUAUGACCCCGAAGACCAAAUUAUAAAAUUUGUACUCCCUGAUUGUGCACGUGGUUUGAAAGUUUAUGUGUGCUUUUUGGUUCAGCCCACGAGAAGAUUUAAGAAAUUUAAAUGAUCUAUAUAAGAAAGCCCUUCCAGCCUACACUGCAAGUAUUUCCUAGCUAGAGUAAAUGAAAGUUGUGGCUGUUGGAAAACAUUGAUAUUGAAGUGAUUCUCAAUUGAAUCUAACUGUUUUUUGGUUCACCCUAGAUAGUUUUUAAGUCCAAAUCAACUAUGGAAGCAGAUUCACAGAACUGGAUUUUAAUGGUCACUGCUAGAGCUCCUACUAAUAUAGCAGUGAUUAAGUAUUGGGGCAAAAGAGAUGAAAAAUUGAUCCUUCCUAUCAAUGAUAGCAUCAGUGUGACCUUGGAUCCCGAGCAUCUGUCAGCUACUACUACUGUUGCAGUCAGCCCAUCAUUCACAUCUGAUAGAAUGUGGCUCAAUGGCAAGGAGGUCUCUCUUGCUAGUGAGAGAUAUCAGAAUUGCCUGAGAGAAAUUAGGUCUCGAGGAAAAGAUGUAGUAGAUGAGAAGAAUGGGAAUAUAAUCAAGAAAGAAGAUUGGCAAAAGCUUCACUUGCACAUUGCAUCGCAUAAUAAUUUCCCAACUGCUGCCGGCUUGGCCUCUUCAGCUGCUGGAUUUGCUUGUCUAGUUUAUGGCCUUGCAAAAUUAAUGGACAUUGAGGAAAGAUAUCAGGGCGAACUUUCAGCUAUAGCUCGUCAAGGUUCUGGAAGUGCUUGCCGCAGCCUUUAUGGUGGAUUUGUUAAGUGGAUCAUGGGAAAGGAAAAGGAUGGAAGUGACAGUGUUGCUGUUCAACUUGCAAAUGAGAAACAUUGGGAGGAGCUUGUCGUUUUGGUUGCCGUGGUAAGUUCACGUCAGAAGGAAACAAGCAGCACAACUGGCAUGCGUGAAAGUGUUGAGACCAGUGAACUUAUUCACCAUAGAUCACAAGAAGUGGUUCCAAAGCGCAUUGUGAAAAUGGAAGAGGCCAUUGCAAAGCAUGAUUUUCAAUCCUUUGCAAGGAUCGCUUGUGCAGAUAGUAAUCAAUUCCAUGCUGUGUGUCUUGAUACAUCUCCUCCAAUAUUUUACAUGAAUGACACAUCACACAGGAUCAUAAACUCUCUUGAAAGAUGGAAUCGUUUUGAAGGAACUCCACAGGUUGCAUAUACUUUUGAUGCUGGUCCAAAUGCGGUAAUGUUUGUACCUAAUAGGAAAGUUGCAGGUUGCCUACUUAAGCGACUGCUAUACUAUUUUCCUCCAGAUUCAAGCAAAUCAUUAUCAAGUUAUGUGAUAGGUGACACAUCAAUACUAGGAGAAAUUGGUUUGAAGUCAAUGGUAGAUAUUGAAUCACUGACUGCUCCUCCAGAGCUUCAGAAAGGAAGCAGCCAUUCGACAUAUCCGGGUGUGAUUGAUUACUUCAUCUGUACACGACCUGGAAAAGGCCCCAUUUUAUUUAGAAACGAAGAUCAAGCUCUCCUUAACCCCAAAACAGGGUUUCCUCUUGAGAGUAGUUGAAACUGUCUUUUCUCUUAUUGCUUCAAGGUCAUUUCUCAUUGGUGAUAAAUUCCAUCCUCUGUUAUUUUGUUGUAAUAUUUCUUUGGCUUUUACCUCCUUAAAAGCCUUAUGAGGUCCUUUUAUGGAAUUUUAGAGCAGAUACAUUGUCUUAAAAUAAUUGAUUUUAGUAAGAUAUUAGUUUAUGCCA